GGAGGGGGGGGGAGAGGGAUGAAGAUGCGGCAGCAACUUUCUCUCCCUCACACACAUACACACACGGGCGCACGCAAAGUCGACCUGGAUUCUCGCCGUGGUCCAAUCAUGACGACUCUCGGAGGUUCCGUCAAGUAAAUCAGGACGAGGAGCGCGUGUGGACAUCAUAGAGACAAGAAAGUGGAGGUGAAAGAAGCUGCCAUGGAAGCUCGUCCAAACUGGCUACGCUAGCUGGGAUGACCGGAACCCGCCAGACCCAAGAUUUGACUCCACUUGACCGGUGCUGUUAUGAUCCUCUGCACUCGGGCGCUGACACGGAAGGGGGUAAGAAUGUUUGCGGAGUCUCUGGUAGAUGGCUGGCAUGGGGCAUCCUGCUCCAGGUGGGACUGGACGUCUCCGCAAGGGACUGCCCUCCUCGCUGCUGUCGGCCUGACGCUAAGGAAGUCAUCUGCUCCGGGAAACAUUUGAACUCCGCCCGGAGGGCUUUCCCGGCGAUUGCGAAGCAUUUGGAUUUAACUACAACAAAAUUCGGACCUGGGCGUCGCCAGUUCUCUGGCCUCCAUGAACUUCAAGAUCUGGACCUCAGUGACAAUAUGAUCUCGAUGAUUGAGGUGGAAGCUUUUCAGGGGCUACAGAAUCUCAGGACGCUUCGGAUUAAGAAUAAUCGGCUGAAGAUCCUCCCCGUGGGUGUUUUCUCUGGCUUGUCCGGUCUACGAUAUCUCGAUCUGAGCCAUAAUGAGAUUCUGGUUUUCCUGGACUACACCUUCAGAGAGACGGUCAAUCUGCAGACGCUGGACGCCGAUGAGAAUGACUUGGUGUUCAUUUCCCAGCGAGCUUUCUUUGGUUUGCAGAGUUUGCAGGAGCUCAACAUCAAUCGUAGUAAUUUGACGUCCAUUCCCACCGAGGCGUUGUCUCACCUGCAGAGCCUCACGUACCUUCGCAUGCUGCGCCUCACCAUUACGACGCUGCCUAACAAUGCUUUCCGCCGACUGCACCGGCUGCACACCCUGAUCCUGGCCAACUGGCCCUCACUGGACACGGUAGCCGGCAACAGCUUGACCGGACUCAACCUGACCGCUCUGGUCAUCAGCAGCUGCAACCUCAGCACGGUGCCGUACUCGGCUCUGCGUCACCUGGCCUACCUGCGUUUCCUGGACCUGUCCUACAACCCCAUCACUGUUGUUCAUGGGAAUCUGUUACGGGACCUCCAAAGACUCCAAGAGUUACAUCUAGCCGGCGGGAACCUGCUGCGAGUAGAGCCGGGGGCCUUCAAGGGUCUCGCCUCGCUCCGAAUGCUCAACUUGACAUCAAACCAGCUGACGACUUUAGAGGAGAGCACCUUGCACUCAGUGGGGAACCUUCAGGUGCUGAGGUUGGAUGGGAAUCCCUUGUCCUGCGACUGCCGUCUGCUCUGGGUGGUCCGUCGGCGAUUACGCUUGAACUUUGACGGACGGCAACCCACGUGCUCGUCCCACGACGCAGCGAAGCAGCGAGAAUUUCGGGACUUUUCCGAAAAGGAGCUGACAAGGGUCUUCACCUGCCGGCCCGCUCGAAUCCUGGACCGUAGGCCGCAGGAAGCCAGGGUGGAGGACGGCACCACCGUUCUUUUCACCUGCAAGGCGGAUGGGGAUCCGGCACCGUCCAUCACUUGGAUCUCAUCCCACAGGAACGUGAUUUCUCCAGCGGGAAGAAUCAGAGCUUUGCCCAACGGUACCCUAGAGGUGCGGUUCGCGCAGGUCCACGACAGCGGCACCUAUCAGUGCCUCGCGGGCAACGCCGCCGGCAACGACAGCAUCACGGUCGGCCUCUACGUGAAAGGGGGCCAGCGUAACCAGACCAUCCCCUUCUUCCCAGAGGAGGACUGGUUAGAACAGCCCCUGAUCCCUCAAGCCACCAACUCCUCGGCCCAACAGGCAAAGCCGUACCCCUUUGACGCCAAGACGCUGAUCAUUGCCACCACCAUGGGUUUCCUGUCCUUCCUCAGCUCGGUGGCCAUCUGCUUCAUCUUCAUGUUCUUUUGGAGCCAGAGCAAAGGCCAGAUCAAGCACACGGCCACCAUCGACUUUGUUCCUCGCUCCUCCAUGGGCGGCGGAGGGGACGGCGGCGACGGCGGCAGGUUCACCAUGAAACUCAUUUAAAGCCAGCGAAGCCUGACCGGUUUGAGGACAUCUUUCAGAGACACUUUCAUGGACUUGUCCUAACUUAAGAGCAAGAGUUCUUUUGGGUCCAGCGACUCCUCACAGGUGAAACACUCCUCUCAUAAAUCUACGACAAAUUAAACGCAACAACCAACCGACUCGUGUAUCCCUAAUCGCCAUAGUGUUGAGAAAAUGAGUCUAAACGUAAAAGUGACAAAUUCACUUUUGUUGUCAAAGCUAAAUAAUUUCUUUUUUUCAUCUUAACCAAUAAACAUUUGACCACUCUCUCUUUCUGCUGACAUGCAAACACAUUCAGAAGCAAAUGUUUCUGGCUCUACAAAAGCUUUCAAGUGCUUGUUUCAGCGGCCAUUUUGUAAUGUUUGCAUUGCCAAUACGAAUAGACAUGCUCACUGUGAACAGAAGACAGAAAAACAAAAAGUAAUAAAUACUCUAGGUGGAGUAGAUUAGCGGCUCUGAUGCUUCCUGUAGAUAAGAAUGUGCCCUUUACCGUUUGAAGCUUAAGCAGAUUUGUCAGGAUCUUUUUUCGUACUUUUUUUUAUUUUUGUACCUGCGCCACACUGGAGAAUAUGUGCCUCACUUAUUUCAUUGUAGACGAGAAUAUGCUCUGAAGUUUGACCAUUUUGUAAAUAUCAAGGUCUUUAGUGUGCGCGUGCUGGUUAGCCUAAUAGCAUGAGUGCGUCAGUAUUUUACUUUUAUUACCCUGCUUGCUAUAAAUUGUUUUGUUUUACGUCAGUGUAGAUUCUCAAUCAUCCAGGUCAUUUUAUUCUGCAAAGGCAAAUACUGUAUGCUAUUAGGCUAACAUUUCGUCAUCAGCCUGACAAUUACUUUCGAUGUGUGACAACUAUUAAAUGCUUUAACAAUC